UCAGUGUGAAGGCAGGACGCACUGCAAUAGAGAGGACUCGUUUGUCCCCAAGAAUGAGGAUCCUACAAAAAGACGAGCUAGUGACUGCUGAGGAAGUUCUGCUGAAACACUUACCAAAGUCUUUUCAGCUCUACGGAUUGGUAUAUGCUUAUAACAAGAAUGAACCAAAUCCCAUACAGUUCAUUGUUGAUACAUGGCCUGAUUUUAAAGUCUUCAUUUGCCGACCUGACACAGAGAAAAAGCAAGACUUCACAAGAAAGGUGGCAAUCUUUAGCAUGGAUGAGCAGAUUUUAAAGAAAAUGCUCUCAGAGGAGGGCGCAGUCGACUGGAGCUCUUACUUUCGUCUUGGAGGGUGUGACGUUUCUCACACCUCCACGAUCAGAGAAGUUUCAUUGAACAGAAAAGUCAGCUACCACUGGGUGGCUUCGACAAACCUUCUGUAUUUGCCAGAUAGUCGUCAUCUGGACACACCAACAUUUGAUAGCAAGCUUAAAUCAAGGAUUUCAUCUCUCAGUCUUUCCCAUGUUGACCUGAUAAAUCGGAACUGGAAUUUGGGUGGAUCUGAACGAACACACAAGAACAUCACAUUCCUCAUCAGCAACUUGCCUUCAUGCUGCAUCACUGAUGAUCAGGGUCAGCCUGUAUCAUGGAUUCUUGUGUACGAAUGCUCGGCAUUGGGCGUUUUGUAUACUCUGCCCGAACACAGACGUAAAGGUUAUGCCAAAGUGUUGAUCUACACCAUGGCCCAGAGACGCCUAGCUGAGGGCUACCCAGUGUUCUGCUACAUAACGGAAGACAACGCAGUCUCUUAUAAGAUUUUCAAAAGUAUGGGCUUUAUUGAGGAUCCCUCAUAUAGGGCAUCGUCGUUUGAAAUAAACAUCUAA